GAAGCCACAGCGCAGAAGUCAGAUGUUGCUGUGGCAUAUUGUGGCAGGUUUGUUCUGCGUCAUCGCGACGCCAAGAGUGCAGUGUUGGGCAGUCAAUGACGUGACAGUGGUAGAGGAUGAAUAUGGGAUACUUGGCAACCAGACCGUCAAGAGAUAUACCUUCUCCAACAGCAAAAUGACAGUCCAGAUCAUUACGUACGGGGGCAGGAUCUCGGCCAUAAAGGUGCCUGAUGCUCAUGGAGGGACUCAGGACGUCGUCCUUGGGUUCGACAAUUUGAAAGGCUUCCUGCAGAAGAAUGACCCCUACUUUGGUGCUGUUAUUGGAAGAGUGGCAAACAGAAUUGGAAGUGCAAAAUUCACUCUUUAUGGAGCUCAGUACAAUGUGACACCAAAUGAAGGUCAAAAUCAGCUGCAUGGUGGACUGAGAGGUUUUGACAAGGUUGUGUGGGAGCCAUUUCUACACAAGAAGAAGCUGACCCUGAGUUAUGUUAGUGUGGACGGUGAGGAAGGAUUCCCAGGAACAGUUAUCACCCAUGUCACAUACGAACUCACGCCUGACAAUGAGCUGAUCUUCAGUGUGAAAGCCGCUACAACAAAACCCACACCUAUUAACAUCGCAAACCACGCGUACUUCAACUUGGCUGGUCAUGCUUCUGGGCCUAAUGGUCUGUUCCAACAUGUGGUGUCUAUUAAUGCAGAUUUGUACACAGCUACUGACAACCAGAGCAUACCAACAGGAGAACUGGUGACUGUUGCUGGUACAGACUUGGACUUCCGUACCCCACAUCAGAUAGGACCAUUGAUACAACAGAGAGGUGGCUAUGACAGCAACUACUGUGUAAACACAGAUGGACAUGUUGGUCUCGUGUUUGUGUCCAGAGUUGUACAUCCUGAAUCAGGGCGUUAUCUGGAAAUCUAUUCAGAUCAGCCAGGCGUUCAGUUCUAUACAGGAAAUGGUUUGCCGCAGCAAAAUUCUGUGGAUCCACUAACUGGAAAGGGUGGAGUGAAGUAUCACCAGUAUGGAUCAUUUUCCCUCGAAACACAGAACUACCCAGAUGCAGUUAACCAUCGAAACUUCCCCAGCAGCAUUCUGAACCCUGGCACUAUCUACUCACACACUACCAUAUACAAAUUUGGUACUACUGCUGAAGAGAGAAUGAGUUGUCACAACAGCAAGUAUAAUUAAAAAGUUGGCUCAAGAUAUAUCUUCUGACUUUUACUGGAAGGCGACUGGUUCAAUUCUUGCCUGGGGCAACAAUUAUUCUGACUGGAGCUUUUUAUGGUUUCAUUCAAACUACAAAUUUAUAAAUUAAAUAAUUAAUUAACUAAAAAGGCAUGUUUAAAUCUACCUUUGUCAGAUGAAUUUUGUAAUAUUUCUCUGGAAAACUAUUACUCUGUUUCCAUCAAUAUAAUCUGUGUAUAGAUAUAGUAUAUGUUAAAGAUUUACAACAUGUUUCAGCCAUUUGGCCAUCAUCAUAUAUUGUCCCUGCACCCUGACUUACCUGCUCUUUUCCCUACAUUGGCAAAUGUUCACAUAUGGAUGUAUUUUGUGUUGUCAGUCAUUUACAUAUUAGUGCAAUGCCCUUGUACUGAUUUCAGUUGCAAUAAAUGAAAUAUCAAAAUAUUAAA